GGGCUUGGGGGUACCAUUCUUUAGAAGAGACAAAUUGCUUUCUUUUCCCCAUUCACUUCUCUCUCUCUCUCUCUCUCUCUCUCGUGGAGAACUUUUCUCUAUUUCGGGAAGGUAUAAAAACAGAAGAAAGAAGGAAAGAAAGAUCCACAGUGAUAUAUAUAUAUAUAUAUUGUGCAUAUAUACUAGAGCAAAACCAAGGAUCAAAUUAUGACUUGGUGCAUUAGUUACUGCAGCGACGAGCCAGUGAUUGUGAGGAAAACUCAAAGUUCUUGCAUUAAAACCUGCCCUUCUUGCGGUCACCAGAUCAAAUGUCAAGAAAAGGCUGCAGGGAUUCAAGAUCUGCCAGGGUUGCCGGCUGGAGUGAAGUUUGAUCCGAACGAUCAAGAACUGAUUGAGCAUUUGGAGGCGAAGGUGUCGUCCGAAUAUUCUCACAAGCUUCAUCCUCUGAUCGAUGAGUUCAUCCCUACGCUUGAAGGAGACGAUGGAAUUUGCUAUACCCACCCAGAGAGGUUACCAGGAGUAAGCCAAGAUGGCCUUCCCCGGCACUUCUUCCACCGGCCGUCGAGAGCCUACACUACCGGAACCCGGAAACGGCGAAAGGUUCAGACGGAUAUGAAUGGAAACGAGACCCGGUGGCACAAAACCGGCAAGACAAGGCCAGUCUUCAUCCCUGGUGGAGCCCUGAAAGGAUACAAGAAGAUCCUGGUUCUCUACAUCAACUUCGGGAAGAAAAAGAAGCCCGAGAAGACGAACUGGGUGAUGCAUCAGUACCACCUCGGCGACAAUGAGGACGAGAAAGAUGGAGAGUUGGUGGUCUCCAAGGUUUUCUACCAGAGACAGCCGAGGCAGUGCGGCUCCGUCUUGAGGGAACCGUCGCCUGGAAACACUCCUCAAGUUAAGGAACAUGGCCACGUCGUCGAGUGCUAUAAAUCGUCCAUCAUCUCCUUUGAUCAACGCGGCAAAGGCGUGAAUUGCCGGCAGCCGGAGUUUUAACGUGCAUGUCGGGUGAUAUCUUUGGUACGUUUUGUUGGCGAUGGACUCGUUUGUUAUAUAUGUACGAAGUGUUCAAAUGUUGUUUAAUUUUGUGCAUGAAAUAAUUGGAAAUUUGGUUUUUAAUGAGAUUCUAGG